AUGGUUGAGCAGGAUAGCCGACCCUCCUCCUCCUCUGUGGACCAACAUGGUCAUGUCGAUAAGCUCGCUUUCACUGCCGUAGCCGCACCCCAAGUAGAGGUGGCCGAAUCAUCCGGAACGCCUUCAGAGCCUUUAUAUGUUCUUCGCGACGAGGACGUCUUUGGAGCUGAGGGACCCGUCGCGACGAAUAAGGAAAUAUACUCUUACUAUGCCUAUUUUGCGGGAAACAACGGCAUUGGCUCGUUUCAAUAUUCAAAUCUUCUGUUCCAGAACCUGAUAUACCAAGCUGGAUUCAAUCCCAAUGUCCUGCCACUGGGAAGCUCUUCCUGCGAUGUCGACCCCGAUGCCCCGUGCCAUGUCUUCUGGGGAGGGGGAAACAAAACGAAAGAGUAUACAUCUGUGGUCCUGAUUGCAACCGGCUUAACGUUCCUAUCUCAAGCUUUGGUUUUCAUUGGAGUGGGCAGUUUGGCAGAUUUUGGCAAUUGGAAUCCAUGGGUUGUGCGUGGAUUUUCCGUGGUGUGCUGGGCGUUUGAGUUCGGGUUCUUAGGAGUUACCACGCCCGGGAAGUGGAGGAUUGCAAUGGCACUAUACAUUCUGAGCAGUGUCACCUUUUGGGCAUCCUAUGUCUUCUUCAACGCGAUAUUCCCAAAGCUUGCACGCGAUCGUCCAGAAACAAGAAAGGCCAAAGAGGAGUUCUUGAACAAAGCCAUUAGCGAAGAAGAAUACGAGUAUAGGUGUUCGAUGGAGCGAUCAAGAACCAUGAAUUUCAGUUACGGAUGGAACAACGUCGGUUUUACGGUGUGUUGCGCUUUGUCACUAGCUGCCCUGUUCGGCAUUGGGGCAGAUGAUUCAGUGGACCAAAAUAAUCGAGGUUAUUCAGCUGCCGUUGCUGUUUGUACUGCGUUCUGGAUUGUGUUGGCUAUUCCUUGGUUUUUGUGGGAACAGAAGCGACCUGGACCACAACUGCCAAAGGGUGAAAACUAUUUGACAUUUGGUUUCAAGCAGACAUACUUCGCUGCAAAGCAAGUCUGGAAGCUGAAGCAAACGUUUUUCUACUUGAUCGCUUUCUUCCUGCUUGCGGAUGGUAUCUCGACAACUCUCACUCUCGUCUCCAUUGCACAGACACAGGUGGUGGAGUUUUCAGCAACGCAGAACACUUAUUUGAUCAUUGUACAAGGUGGUUCCUGCAUUUUUGGUGUAUUCGGCAGUUACUACGUCCAACAAUAUUUUAAGCUUCGAACGAAGACAAUGCUCCAAGUUGCUAAUUUUGGAUGUCUCCUUGUGGCGCUUUGGGGUAUGAUUGGAAUAUGGACGACAAAGGUUGGCUAUCACAAUUUGUGGGAAUUCUGGUUCUUCAACGGACAAUUUGGAUUCACCUUAGGCAUACAAUUUUCCUACGGCCAGGCAUUUAUGGCGGAACUGGUACCCAAGGGCCGUGAGUAUUUGUUUUUCGGUCUUCUUGGAAUUGUCUCGAAGGGGUCAGCAUGGAUCGGCCCUAUUGUCAGUAGCGCCAUUGUCGACGCCAACGGGAAUCAGUGGACGCCGUUUCCUUUCAUUGCCGCGUUGAUAUUCGUCCCAUGGGUCGGAAUCUUCUUCAUUAGUGAAGAAAAGAGCAGAAAGGAGUGUGCGGCUUAUCUCGAACGGGAGGCAGCCGUUCUGAGGAAGGUGACAAAAUGA